ACACGAUCAAGAAACAGCAAUCUUAUGGCGUCAUUCAAGUCGUAGUAUUGCUCCUUCAAACCACAAUAGAAAGGACCUCGCCAUGUCGCGCUCACGAACUACCACUUCGGACUCGUCCGCAACAGGGUCGGCUACGGCUUCAACUUUGACCAGGACGACGAGGUCUAGGGCUCAGAUAGCCAGCGCUUCAGCUUCAUCCAAAUUUGCAGUUUCAAGCUCUGCUAAGGCGGUGGUACCAGCCGCUAUACCACCUCCAGCCCGAACGCGCAGGAGAGUCGAGCCGGCCAUCGAUGAAUCUCCUACCAAGGCCUCCUCGACCGUUCCGACGGCUACACGCAUGAUGUCGCUCAAAGAUAGAGCUGCAGCUGCAGCUGCUACUAGCCAGAUCGCCGCCAGUGGUACUGGAGCAACUUCAAAGAAACCGACCACUAGUGCUCCAGCUCGCACAGCUCGACCACCCACACGAACGGUGUCAGCGACUACCUCUGCGAAGAAGGGAGACGAGGUGGACGAACUAGCUGUUGCGCUUCAGGACAAUCUGCGAGUGGAGCCUAAAGCCAGAGUCGAUACCAAGGUGCUUUCUGGAGCCAGAUCAGUACCCGCUGCAGCAAAUCCUGCAGUCCGACGGACAAGGGUCACUUCUGGCUCGACGAUCUCUUCCUCGACAACCAAUACCAGUGCUGCACGAGCCAGAACCAGGACGGAUUCCUCGGGAAAAUCCAUCAGCAAUUCUGGGUCUAUCCCUAAACCUCGCAUUGCAAGCCGACUGGCUCCUGCGCAAACCUCCAAACAGACUGUUCUAGACACAGGCCGGCACGCUCGUACAGAAACCUCUUCCACUACGACUUCCGACCCCGCCCGGAUCAACGUGAUCCCGCUUAGUACCUCCUUGCACAUCCCAGCGCAUCUUCUCGAUCCAGCAGAAAUACAGCAGGCCAAGAUGACCAUCAACAAAUGUAUAGCAUCGUUCAAAUCUGCUCAGGUGGAGGGAUAUCGAUACGAAAAACCCACCGCUGGCAGACGGCUCUCUGCGCAAGCUAAAAAGGAACCCGAGACGGAUAAAGAUAAACAAUGGACGGAUCCUAAGGUCAAGGAGAUCGUUGAUAGCUGUUCUGCAGCACUGAGGGGCUUGGUAGGGCAUCUACUAGCAACGAAGAGUGGGGCUCCGGAUUGGGAUGCCGAGGCAAUUGCGGCGGUUCAAUUGAGGAUGCAGAUCGCCAAGGCUUGUUCUGAUUUCGGUUUGCAUGCAUCUACUGUGAAGCUGAUGGUAGAGACUCGACCGCUUGUUAUGGUCUUGCUCGAACGCGAAUCGGAAAAGGAGGAAAGUCGGCGUGAGCUUGACGAUAUCGUCUUCUUGCCCAGUACAAGCAUCGAUCUCGAAAAUCUGGAUUCACGAACAAGGAUGGCCAUAUUCAGUUGGUUGUCCAUGUUAUGGUUGGCAAUCACGAAUAAAGCUCUGCACGGGGCCUCGGAAGAAGAGAUGCGUCUAGUCCUAGAGACGUUCUCGAAAUUCAAGACCCGAUCUGGGGUAUCGUGCUUACACCCGCUAGACCUGACCCGGGGGCUCGAACUGGACAUCUGCAAGAACUACUUGAUGAUGCUCUACAGCCGGAUUGGGAAACUCCUCGCUUCAGUAUCUGGUAUCGCAGGGACCGGAUUAGACGCGGACACGACGCAUCUCUUGCUACUCGUAUGCGCAGGUUCUGCGUCGUCUCAAGGCAAAGUCACCAUCCCUAGCGUAUGGGCUCAGGUCCGGCGUGAAUCUGAGAGGUUGGCGAGACAAGCUCUUUCUUCGCCCGGCAGCAAUUCGGCCAACCGGGAAGACGUCGAGAUGGUCAUGGCCAGGAGGAUCGCGGCGAUGAUCGACGAUGUUAUACAGUUUGUCGUCACCGAUGGGCGAAAAGGCAAGCUGAGCGAUUGGCAAGCCGGUAAAGAAUGGGAGGGGUUGAUGGAUCUAUGGGUCGGGCUGUGCCGUGCACUCGGGGAUGUCAAGGGAGUAGAAAAGGCCCUUACGUAUCUGCAGACUGCCCCAAGCGCUCCAAUAGAUCCUGCAGAUGUGCUGGACGCGGGAAUAGCCAAACUCAGCCUGGACGGAGACUCUGGUUCAAGUUCGAUCUCGGUAGUCUGUGGAAAGCUUGCCAAGCUUGUGACACUCCUCGAUCAACCGAACCUGAGCGACCUCGCCGAGGAGGUCGGGAAACUGUUACAGGAGCCUAGGCCGUUGAGAGUUGUCAAGCAGGCGUGUCAAGGACUCCCAGAAGAAGAAUUGCUUUACACGCUGGGCAAGAUCUCUAGAGCGGUCGACCGUGUUCGCAGUCGAUUGGUCAAGAUCAUCGACCAAGCGAAGCAGGGGGUUUCCGUGUCUCCGACGCUGCUCGAUGGAUCCAAAUCUUGGUUGGCGAGCACGUUCGACAUGAUCGAAAGCUUGCUUCAAGGGCCAUGUUCGCAGGUCGAAUAUCACGAACGGCACGCGGACCUCACGGCCAUUGCGAUCGAUACGGCCAUGACAUUGAGCAAGUCUGCUUUGAUGCCGCGAGACCCAGACAGCAGGGACAGGUCGCUCGACCUCUUGAAACGAUCGGAAAGCCUGUUUCGAGCAAGCCGUGCCCCCACCUCGGACUUGCAAGACUGGGCAAGAUGUCUCUCCAACGCCGCCUGGUCUUGCGGUGCAGGGAUAUACCGUAUCGAACUAUUUGUGCCUGCAACACCGUUCGUCCAGAUGGCGGUCGAGCUUGGCGACCACGCGCUGGAAACGUACCGCGCAAGUCAAUCUGGUCUCACUGAGAUUGAAAGGGACUGGGAUGCCUUGAGGAACAUUAUGUCGGCUCGGUGGGAGGCAUUGUCAGUAUGUUACAUGAGGUCUGGCAGGAAGACGGACAGCCUGAACGCACGGAUAAGCUGCAUACAAGCACAGCCAGAUAUUUUGCAAAGCCUCGAGAAUCAAUCCAAAUCUCGACCGCCAUCUAUACUCUUCACGCCUGCCAACAAGAUUUCAGCAGUCCUGGCACGACUGGCUUCCGUCCUCAUAGGAGAGAGUCUGUUCCUCUCGAAUGCAGAGGAGCGAUUUGAAGAUAAGUUUUUCGCCAACUACAGAGAUCGAUCUGCCUCGGCCGCGAUGGCAGAACACCUCGUCACAUGUAUGCAGCAUGUUGAGUAUCGUCCGGAAGUCGCCGCUUUGAUGCAGGCGUUGCUGCACAAGACAAUAUCGGUUUACCGCGAAUCGGAAAGCCCGAUACGAGAAGUCAGAUGUAUCGCCCGGCUUCUAGAACACUGUCUAGCAAUUGGCGCGCCGUUACAAGGACUUGAUGAAAUGGUAGCGCGCGCUUUCGACCUGCUGAAGGGGGACUUGGGUCAAGACCUUAAACUAGUGGCAUAUAAGAACCAGUAUAAAGGAGAGCUUCACAUGCUCGUGGCCACGGAAGCCUGUGCUACUCGCGAUUCCGACCUAUUGAACAUACUGAAAGAUCAUGCUGCUGAAGCUGGACAGUGUUUGAUCGGACUCGUGGACAAAAAACGAUUACCUCUCUCCCCUGUGGCAAGGAAGACAGCCGCCAGGUCUGGUCUCAAGCUGAUACAAGAGGAAAUGCCUCUGCCAGCAAUCGAUGAUCGUGCAAGCCUUUGCAAUCGCUUAGACAAAUUCAUUGGGCUUCUGAGUAUGCAAAGUCAUGCGUUGGUGCAGUUAGAAUUUCUUAGAAUCAAGAGGGGAUUGGAGAGGGACGACCCGUCUCUCCUGAGCGACUAUCUAGUCAGCUCUGUUCGCCUUGCGGCCGAGUAUGCAAGAUUGGGCAAGAUGAAAAGAGCGGGCGCCAUCUUUGCGAGCGCCCGGAAUGCCGCGUCGAAAUCAGCUGCGAGUACACUAUCAGUUGAGCAGCGAGUGGAUUUCGAGCUUCGUUACGCAAUCUACCUCGCUGCCAUUGGUAACACGUCGAAGAGCGGCGAGCUCUACAACGAUGUCCGAAGGCUUUCCCAGCCAGAAGCCGCUCCUAAGGGGGGCUCAUCGACUGCUAAGAUCCGACAUAGAUGCGCUGUCCUCGAGAGGGCUGCUCUGGCCAAUCUCGUUCUGGCAGAGAUCGCUCAUGUACAGGAUAAUGCGACCGCAACGAUCCGCUACCGAUCAGUGGCAUUCCGACUACUAAGCCGUGCUGCCGAGAAUCUGGCGAGGAUAGCGCCAAGAGCGGUGUCAGCGGUCGACGCGCCUAAACCGAUAGACGAAGACCCUUUCGGACCACCAUUACAAAACGCAAAGCCGGAAGACGCCCCGGCUGUUGAUGAUAUCAACAAAGAUACUAAGCCCUCUCACUUUACUGGCAAACAGCUGAUCGGAAAGCAUCUCAGUCUCAUUGGCGAUCUCCUCACAAGUUCGCUUCAGCUUGCCGGAGAUCUGCUCUCAAGAGGAUCUGCUAGAGACGCAAUGAACUUUGUCAACGAAGCCAGGAGCUUAGCCGAAGUGACCGGAUCGCCUUAUUGGUCGGCAAAGGUCUCGUGCGCUGCGGCUGAAGUCAAUAUCGCUCUACGGCAAUAUGCAGAAGCCAAUUCGAACGUAGAGCAGUCGCUUGAGAUCUUGUCGGAGGUUGAAGGUCCAGAGUUCGCGGAAGCACACCGAAUCCUCGCGGAAUUGCAAUCCCGGCAGAUCACCACGGAAGAUGAUUCUGAGCUAAUCGAAGCCGCGGAGGAGGCUUUCGAAGCUACGAAACAGGUAUUAUCCAAACUUGAAGGAUCCUUCACCGUCUCGGACCGCCUAGCGGGAACUCCCGUCAAAGCGACAGACACGCCCACAAAACGUGCAAACCUCCUCGAUACCGGCAAUACAUUGCUAGCUGCCACUCGUACAAGAGUACUAAUUCAGCAAGCACGUUUACUACGCAGAAUCGACCGGAUGGACGAGAGUAAUGAGUUACUCGAGCAAGCCCGUAACAUUCAACAAGGGGCAAUGUUUGGGGCCGACGAGCUUCAUAUCAUCGGUACAACAUCAUUUUCUGCGGCUCUCAACCGCUUCAAAUCUGAUUUGUUUCUCAACUCGAUGACCGAAUCGACCAUUUCGAUGCCGGUCGGCACGGUGAACGACGUGGAUGGAGAUAUUGCGCAAAGUCGAAACGCUAUAUCGGCUACGUUGCAAGACGCUGAAUCGGCUUUCCAAUCGUAUAUUUCACUUCGUGGCAAUGCGGGAAACGUUAGUGACGUACGCGAAGCGACCGUCACCAUCGCUAUGCUGCGAGCAUACCAAGCUUCUCUGGGACGAAACUCGGUACAAUACACGAGAGGCGCGGCCUCGUUAUUAGAUUCCAGCUGCUCUAUCACCCUCCGAAGGGAGUUAUUGGAGAUCAUGUCAAAUCGAGAUCGCGAUAGCCGGCUGGACGAGAUGGUGUGGUCCACAGAGAUACCCGGACCCUUAUUUCUGCCGAGUCCUUCGGCCGACUCUGACGAGGAUGAUACAGAGCUCGCCAUUGAUAACCCGACUGGACCGACUGAAGCAGCCGCCGCGGUGACCAUGUUCGACGAACCCGACCUCUCCAACAUGCCUUCCAACUGGUGCGCCAUCUCGGUGAACGUUACCGAAGAUGGCACGACCAUGUUCGUAUCCCGGCGCCAACGGAACCGGCCUCCAGUCAUCUUUACUCUGCCACUCGAUCGUCAAGGCAAGAGAGAGGAGGAAGACGAAUGCUUUACCUUGGAAACCGCAUUGACAGAGUUGCGUCAGAUCAUUGCGGAUAGCGACGCUAGCGCAAGGAGUGCCAAGGAUGUAGAUCGCACAGACCGGACGGCGAAGACACAAUGGUGGAGCCGGCGCAAAGAGCUGGACAAGAGACUGAAGGACCUACUGGAUACGAUCGAGUUCUGCUGGUUGGGUGCUUUCAAGGCCAUCUUCAACCCGGCCGGCGGACGAUCGCCCAAAGCACUUGCCGCCUUCCGCAAGACCCUCGAGGACACCUUCGCUCGGACACUCAGCCACGGAGAUAAGUCGAAGCGGUCUCGCAUCCAGUUGGACGACAGCAUCGUCGAGUGCUUUUCAACUCUGUCUUCCAAGUCAAAGGAUCAGGAGUUAGAAGACCUCGUCUACUUCAUCCUGGAUCUCCACCAGUUUAACGGAAUAGGGGUCGCGUUGGCAGAGAUCGAUAUCGAAACGCUGGCGAUGGACGUUCAGAACGCCUUGCAACAAUUCGAACAGAGUAUGAGAGCAGAAUCCAUCUCCCCCGUGGCAGACGAGCACAUCUUCCUGAUCCUCGACCGGAACGUGCAAGAGAUACCAUGGGAAUCCCUCCCGAUCCUUCGUGGCAGAGCUAUCAGCCGGGUUCCUUCCUUGACGUUCUUGGUGGAUCGGUUGCCCAAACCUAUGCCUGGUGCAGACUUCGACCCGGAUUCAUUAAGAAAGGGCGUCAACCCGCAAAAGACGUUCUUCAUCCUCAACCCUAGCGGAGACCUUGGGAAGACGCAGCAGACGUUUGGCCCUUGGUUGGAAGGCAUGGUUGAAAAAUGCGGCUGGAAGGGGAUCGUUGGUCGCGAGCCGACUAGUCUGGAGAUCAAGUCUGCUCUGCAGAACUAUGAGCUGGUCUUGUAUUUCGGGCACGGCGGGAUGGAGCAAUACAUCUCAUCUAGAGCCAUCCGAGAGCUGCCUAAAAGCGCCUCUGUCAUGAUCUGGGGCUGCUCGUCGGGUCUCAUGAAGGAUCAAGGCGAUCUAGACAGGAUCGGUACGCCGUACAAUUACAUGGUCGGCGGAGCACCUUCCCUCACGGCCGUACUUUGGGACGUGACCGAUGCCGAGAUUGACAAGAUCGCUCAGUCCACAUCGUCCCAACUUCGGAUGGACGAAAGCCACAUGGAAGAGAUCCGAGCUGGGAAGACGGAUCUGCCCGAUUCAGCAAUCUCGAACGCUCAGGCGCUGAGCAAGGCGCGGGAGUGUUGCAAGUUGAAGUACCUGACGGGGGCUGCACCGGUCGCGUACGGGAUCCCUCUCUACUUUCGAUAAGAAGAGCCUAGAACAGUAUGACCUACAGUGGUAUCCGUAUAACAUUCUUAGCGUUGUAACUAAGACUCACAAUACGUAUUGGAUUGUGUCGAGCCAUUACAAUUCCGUUAG